GUCGUAAGCUGGUUGCACUCGCACAGGUCUCAUUGCUUUCUGUAGUCCGCAUUGCCAGGACUGCUCGGCUGGCACUUGAAGAAACAAGCACCCAUCGGUGGAAACGCUGCUUUAAGAGCAAUUGAAAAAAUGGCUUACAACAUCGAACAGAGGAAACAGGACGUCGUCGUGAACAAGCCGCCGCCACCCAAGCAGCUGCAGAGAGAGCCCGGAGUGGAUACUUGCUGGUACAUGGCUGGUCUCUGCGCACUCGUCACAUUCAUGACUUCAGCGACGAUCCGGUCCUCUGGCUUCCUGUACAUUGGCAUGAUGGAAGAGUUCCGUGUCGAUCGUGGACAAGCCGCGUGGCCCAUUUGCCUAUUCGGUGCCGUGAGCAAUCUGGCCGGAAUUGUAGCUGGCCCUUUGUGCCAGAGGUUCGGACCAGUGCCUGUGAUGUACGUGGGCAGCGUUACGAUGUGGAUGGGCCUAAUCACGAGCAGCUUUUCACCGAGCAUAUCGUGGAUGACAGCGACUCUUGGUAUCCUGUUCGGUUUCGGCUCAGGAAUUGUUUUCAUGAUGCUGUUCGUCUUCAUCAACCAGUACUUUGACAAGUAUAAGGGCCUAGCCCUCGGGAUCAUGUACACCGGUUCUACAAGCUCGGCUUUCGUGUUUCCGAAGCUUCUCCUGUUCCUCAAGGAAACCUACAACUUCCGCAGCAGCGUAAUGAUCUUCGGUGCCAUUGUCAUGCACGUAACGGCUAUCAGCCUCGUGCUGAAAGAACCUGUUUGGAUUCGGCGAAAGAAGCACCAAGAGAAAGUAGCAGCCCAGAAGGCUAAGGCACUGGUUUUCACCAUCGAGAGUGGAGAUAUGAAAAUUAUCGCCGAAAAGCCCUUAACCGAUAAGCCAGUUACUGACCCGAGGAGCUUGCGCUAUGGCCUCACGGUCUUGAAAUGUCCCAUGUUCUAUGUAAUAAUGGUUACGUACAUCAUCUACAACUACAACUUCGAUGUCUUCAUGACAACUGUGCCAGACUUUGCCGUCGAUCGAGGCACAUCUGUGGCGGCAGCCGUCGGCUUGGUUCCUCUCUUUUCAAUCACGGACACCGUCGGGCGACUUGGACUGCCUGUGCUGGCGGAUCGCGGUUACCUGAGGCGCAGCACGCUCGUCAUGGUUAACUACCUGCUCAUGGGGCUGUGCUUGCUCGCCCUCCCAUGGUCUACCUCCUAUGCGUCGAUGCUAGUCAUCUGCCUGUGCGUGGCCACUUUCGUCGGUUGUGGAAUGACCAUGUAUCCUGCGAUCAUGGCCGAGUACGUGGGCUUAGACAGGCUGCCCAUCAGCUACGGAAUUGUGGGAACGGUCGCUGGUCCUUUGUUUCUGCUGAAACCAUUUCUCAUAGGUUACUUCAGAGACAACAUUGGCGCCUACGACAGCUUGUACACGCUUCUGGCGUCUGCACUCGUCGCCCUGGCGCUCAUUUGGCUCCUUGUGGUCUGCGCUGAAAACAAGAGAAAAGGGAUCUGGAGGUUGGACCACAAGGGCACCGUGGAUGACUCGCUUGCCGCGGGUGCUACUCGCUCCCAGUAUACGGGAGAGUUCAAGAAAUUUGCGUCUACCAACAGGGCAGAGAUGCCCGCCGACUAUGAAACGUGAUGUUGAAUUUGUCACGAUUUCGUAAGGCGAAGUACUCGCAUUACCAGUGCAUAUGAAAUGCCACUAUCACAAGAAAGCUGAAGGAUACUCUGUAUACUUUAGUACGCUAAGAUUGAAGGACGCUAGGCGUGGAGUGGCUGAACCUGGUGCUAUCUGCCCCAUACUACCAAGCGUGCCGGUUUCGUUACUGUAUAUGUCAUACCGAUAACGUAAAAAUUCAUAAGGCCAAUUUUUGUCACUAUUUAUUUACAGUACUGUUGGUAUAAUAGAGGCAAUAGUGAGGCAAAAUUGUUUGACCAGUACGGCCUAGGCCGCCGCUUUUGAAGCUAACUGUUUCCGCGCUGCCACGUGGAAGACGCCUCACUGCAGUAAUUUGUGUCGCCUGAUGAACUCAGUAUCUGCCAUGCCAGUUCAGGGAGUGAAUGAAGUAUCUGUGGUUUGCACGAAUUAACGCAGUGAUAAUACACACAAUAAUGAUACGUGAUCAGUGUUCCAACGCGCACUCCAUUUUUUGCAUGCUAUUGAUUUCAUCCUGGUAUUGUUGCGAUUUCAUCUUUGGGUAAUAAAAGGGCAAAAUGCAGAAAAGCGCCAGUAUAGCCCAUGCAAAUACCAGAGAAUAUUGUUACACCAUCACCGCCACUCUUGCGUCAUUAGCAUAACAUGACAGCUUCUACCACAGCCUUCCUCUUGUAUACGGGUAUCAGGCUCCGUUUAGGACGCUUGAACUUAAGGGUGGCUUUUGUUCUAGGCUGAUAUUUAACUUCAGAAUGAACUUGAUCGCAGGCGUGCCUUGUGGGCAUGCGUGCAGGAUCAUGCUGAGGCCGAAAUGUAUCACUGCUACUUCAGAAGUCAAUUUUCCUCUUGUCUCUUACGAAGUUAUGUACUUGUUCGGUUGGGUGAUGCAGAAAUGUCUGCAUCCAAAUAUUGAACUUUAAGCACCCUCUAUGUUGUCGACGAGCUAUGUUUAUCAACACAAUUGAGCAAAAUUCCCCCUAUAGUUGCUUUCAUGGAGUGCACGUCAUACUAUCAGGACCUGAGCUGCAAUCGCGACGCUGUUGUAAACUUCGUGGUUUAUACUUACAAUCAA